AUGGCCAGCACACAAAAGCACACCAUAGUGAUGGGCUGCGACGACGCCGGCGUCGAGUACAAGAACACGAUCAAGAAGGACCUCGAGGCCGACCCGCGCGUUGCGCGCGUCAUCGACGUCGGCGUCCUGGCCGGCGAGGACAAGACGGCGUACCCGCACGUCGCGGUCGACGCCGCGCGCAAGAUUGCGUCGGGCGAGGCGGACCGGGGGAUCUUGAUCUGUGGAACGGGCCUCGGCGUCGCCAUCGCUGCCAACAAGGUGCCCGGGAUCCGCGCCGUGACGGCCCACGACUCGUUCAGCGUCGAGCGCGGCGUGCUGUCCAACAACGCGCAGAUCCUGUGCAUGGGCCAGCGCGUGGUGGGGAUUGAGCUUGCCCGGCGUCUGGCCAAGGAGUGGCUCGGGUACGUGUUCGACGAGAAGAGCGCGAGCGCGGCCAAGGUCAAGGCGAUUGGAGAGUACGAGGCCGAGGGGAUGACAGCUUAG